UUUUGCUCACGUGCCACUCCAAAUCGGACACUUCCUCACGUUAGAAUCCUCUCAGGACCCAUGACUCUUCCUUGAUCUAUCAUUUUCUCUUUCUAAAACUCUCUCUCCUCCACCGAUUUCGGUUGAUCAUCGCAGUUGAAUUUCCAAACUGGUGCUGAAUCAAUUUAUUACAUGCUCAUACAUCAAGCUUAGACAAUGAUUGUAGAGGAUCUUGGAAUUGAAGCCAAGGAAGCGGCAGUUCGUGAGGUUGCCAAACUUUUGCCACUACCUGAACUUCUGCAGUCAAUUUCAUCAAUUAAGGCUGAUUACAUUACACGCCAACAGGCAAAUGAUGCACAACUUAGUACGAUGGUUGCAGAGCAGGUUGAACAGGCACAGGCUGGGUUGGAAUCAAUUUCCUCAUCUCAAAAGACAAUAAACCAGCUUCGUGAGAACUUUCUCUCUAUUGAGAGGCUAUGUCAAGAGUGCCAAAACUUAAUUGAAAAUCAUGACCAAAUAAAGCUCCUUAGCAAUGUGAGGAAUAACUUAAAUACCACACUGAAGGACGUGGAAGGCAUGAUGUCAAUUUCUGUUGAAGCAUCCGAGGCUCGGGAUUCUUUGAGUGAUGAUAAAGAACUCAUCAACACGUAUGAGAGGUUGACAGCUCUGGAUGGAAAACGGAGGUUUGCUUUAGCAGCUGCAGCAUCUCACAAGGAAGAAGUUGGCAGACUGAGGGAAUAUUUUGAAGAUGUAGAUCGAACCUGGGAGACAUUUGAGAAGACGUUAUGGGGUCAUAUUUCGAACUUCUAUAAACUUUCUAAAGAAAGUCCACAAACUCUGGUUCGUGCUUUGAGGGUUGUUGAAAUGCAAGAAAUCCUUGAUCAACAACUUGCUGAGGAAGCAGCCGAGGCUGAGGGAGGAGGGACCAUGGCAUCAAUUGCAAAUCCUCGUAGAACUGCAAAAAAAUCUACAACUGCAACAGCUUCUUCGAGGAACUUGACACAACAGAAGUUGAAGAUCCAAGGGAAAGACUAUAAGGAUAAGUGUUAUGAGCAAAUAAGGAAGACAGUUGAGCAAAGGUUUAAUAAGCUUUUGACAGAGCUUGUUUUUGAGGAUCUAAAAGCUGCUUUGGAGGAAGCUAGAAUGAUUGGAGAAGAGCUUGGAGAUAUUUAUGACUAUGUGGCUCCUUGUUUUCCCCCAAGAUAUGAAAUAUUCCAACUGAUGGUAAAUCUUUAUACUGAGAGGUUCAUUCAGAUGCUCAGGCUGCUCAGUGACCGAGCAAAUCAACUGACAAAUAUAGAGAUUUUGAAGGUAACUGGUUGGGUUGUUGAAUACCAAGAUAAUCUAAUUGGGCUUGGUGUUGAUGAUUCUUUAGCUCAAGUUUGUUCUGAGAGUGGUGCUAUGGAUCCUCUCAUGAAUUCAUAUGUUGAAAGAAUGCAAGCCACAACAAAGAAAUGGUAUUUAAAUAUCCUGGAGGCUGAUAAAGUACAACCGCCAAAGAAAACAGAAGAUGGAAAGCUAUAUACACCAGCUGCUGUUGACUUAUUUAGGAUCCUAGGAGAGCAGGUGCAAAUUGUUCGGGAGAAUAGCACUGAUGUCAUGCUAUACAGAAUUGCUUUGGCUGUCAUUCAGGUAAUGAUUGAUUUUCAAGCAGCUGAAAAGCGAAGACUUGAAGAACCUGCUUCUGAAAUUGGUCUGGAAUCUUUAUGUGCAAUGAUUAACAACAAUCUACGCUGCUAUGAUCUAGCAUUGGAGCUGAGUAGCAGCACCUUGGAAGCUCUUCCACAGAAUUAUGCUGAGCAGGUUAAUUUUGAAGACACUUGCAAAGGUUUCCUGGAGGUUGCAAAGGAAGCUGUGCAUCAAACUGUGAGUGUUAUAUUUGAAGACCCAGGAGUUCAAGAGUUACUUGUCAAGCUUUACCAGAAAGAGUGGUGUGAAGGACAGGUUACAGAGUACUUGGUUGCAACAUUUGGUGAUUAUUUUAUGGAUGUGAAGAUGUACAUUGAAGAAAGAUCAUUUAGGAGAUUUGUUGAAGCUUGCCUGGAAGAAACUGUGGUUGUUUAUGUUGAUCACCUCCUGACACAGAGAAACUAUAUAAAGGAAGAAACCAUUGAACGGAUGAGGCUAGAUGAAGAGGUUAUCUUGGAUUUCUUUAGGGAGUACAUAAGUGUCUCCAAAGUUGAAAACAGAGUCAGGAUACUGAGUGACUUGAGAGAGCUUGCUUCUGCAGAGAGCCUGGAUACUUUCACACUCAUCUACACAAACAUUCUUGAACAUCAACCCGAUUGUCCAUCUGAGGUGGUUGAGAAACUAGUUGGACUGCGAGAAGGCAUACCACGGAAGGAUGCAAAGGAGGUUGUCCAAGAGUGCAAAGAAAUCUACGAAAAUUCCCUUGUUGGCGGUAACCCCCCAAAGGCAGGUUUUGUUUUCCCAAAGGUGAAGUGCCUUACAGCUUCCAAAGGAUCGUUAUGGCGGAAGCUGACUUGAGAGCUCCCUCCCUAGUAUCAAUGCUUUCAUUUUGAUCAUAGACAACAAAGUAGUGCAUUACACAAGCCUGUAGCCACCCCUGAUGGAAAAGUUGCAGUUGUAUUUCUUUUUGCAAACCAAGAGUAUACUUUUCUUCAGUGUUUUACGACUCUCUACAUUGUUGAUUUUGCAUUCCAUUCAUUGUAGAUAUUGAAUUUCAGUGUUGUUCAAACUGGGUUUGUUCUAUUUGGUGUCUCUUGUAUUUGAACUGCUGAUUCCUUGGAAGCCAUGUUGGAAUUGAGUGUUACUUUCUUGCAAAAUCUAAUGGAUGUAUUAGUCCUCUUAUGGAUUA